AUGCAAAAUGUACUUCCACUUCUACUGGUUAUACGUAAAUGUCAGUGUCCGGAUACGCAUCGUGACAUGAACCCCUCAAAACCGGGACGUGAGUGCGUAAGUUAUACUGGCAUAAACGAAUGCGAACGUAAAGAAUGGAAUGAGUGUGAUGAGCAUGCUCGAUGUAUCGAUCAGGACCAUCUAUACAGGUGUGAAUGCAUAAAACCAUAUGUUAAUGCAGCACCACCGGGAAAAUUGCCGGGUUCGGUAUGCCGUAUCGAUUAUUGCUCUGAUGUGAACUUUUGUCCUGCAAAUACUACUUGUCAAAACAUAGAAACAGGGGCUGAAUGCAUUUGCAAAGAAGGCUACGUGGAUCUUCGAGCUAGUCCAUAUCGAGAUCAACUUAACUAUCCAGAAAAUGUGUACUGUUUACGGCUACAGGAUGUUAAUGAGUGUGCUCUUGGUCUUACCAACUGUAGUACAGUAGCAAUUUGCAUUGAUCUACUGAUUGGUUACAAAUGUCGUUGCCCAGAUGGAUAUGUGGAUGGUAAUCCGGAUGAACCGGGUCGAAUAUGUGCAGCACAGUUGUGCGGCUUAUGUAACGGACACGGUGAUUGCAUAUACAAUGAAGCGACUAAAAAUGUUACAUGUUCAUGUGUUGAUGGUUAUACCGGAGAAUUUUGCGAGAUUGAACCAUCCAAGACACUUAUAUUACUCUUCCUGAUUCUGGCUAUUAUAUUGUUACUUCUAUCACUAUGCUUCUGCUUAUAUUUGUGCUCAAAGCUCAGGUGUUUCCGGCGAAGGACAGAAACAAGUGUUGGAAGUGGUCGAGAGAUUCUCAGUUCCGAUUACUAUUCUAUUCCACGAGCAAAAUUAAAACGACGUGAAGUAGAUGAGACCGCCUCAGCGGAAGCGAGUAGCCGUCAGCUGCAACGUUACUUGGAUGACGGAGGUUCCAUUUCGGGUGAAUCAUCUGGUUCGUCAGUUCAGUUCGAAAGGCGAGUUAUCACCGACAUCACGACGCACGAAAUCAAAAAAACCAUUUAUCAUGAUCCGGAAACUGGACAAGCAAUUUAUGAAGUUACUGCCACAGCUAGCAGUAAUGCAGGUGAUGGUGGCUAUUCACAGUUUCUGCGUCCACCCAUUGAAAUCGAAUCUGAGCAGCAUGCAGGCGAAACAGAACGUACCGCGCGUUCUUCAGAUUCAGUACCACGGAGUGAGUCAAUGCCACGAAUAAGUGGAAGUGGAAGAGGUACAAUACGUGAAAGUGGAUCACGUGAAUAUACAGCUACCCGAACUACUCGUCAAAUGGCAGAUGAUUACGAUAAAAAAGAAACAUAUAGUCAAGAAGAAGAAAUUGAUGACGCCGUCUUUGAUAGAACCACUAAGCUUUCUGCCCGACGUGAUUUUGUGCCAGCAGAAUACGGACAUGGUGGAACGGAGCGAAGGCGCAACGAAUUGUCCACUACGACCAGAUCACAGGAGACAAGUUACUAUUAG